GUGAUAGUGUCAAUAUCACACUACUAAUCUGCCACCCUCUCUCUGGUCCGCAGCGAAGCUUCAGGUGACUGUUGAGUGUGUGUCUCUUGUCUCUGUCUGUCCCCAUCAACACCCUCUCUCGCUCUUUACUGUUAGUUAUUUAUGUUGUCUAAACUCUAAGCAAAACCCCUAUUCCAUUCUCUUCAAGUAAAAAACUCGGGAAAACCCAACAAUUUUGCACUUCUGUUUUUUCCUAUGGCAUUGAUCUGAGAGAAAAAGCUUAAAAAUGGAACCUCACCUUAAUGUUUUCAUGUCAAACCCAUUAUUCUGAAGGAAUUUGAGGUGAAAGAAGGAGAUUUGGGGGGGGAAAAGAUUGCAUUUUUACGUGUUUGGAGGUUAUUAAGAAUAAAGGGAGAAUGAUUAAUAUUAUGAACAAACCUAUGAAUGAAGUUGAGAGAGGUUUGGAUCCUCAGUUAUGGCAUGCCUGUGCUAGUGGUAUGGUCCAAAUGGCAUCAGUGAACUCAAAAGCCUUUUACUUUCCUCAGGGUCAUGCUGAACAUGCCAACAAGAAUGUUGAUUUUGGGGGUUUCCCUAAAAUUCCAUCCCUAACUCUUUGUAAGGUGUCAUCCAUAAGGUAUUUGGCUGAUACUGAGACUGAUGAGGUGUAUGCCAAGAUAAGAUUGGUUCCGCUGAAAGGCAAUGAAUGUGAUGGUGAUGAUGUUGAUGGUGCUGGAUUUCUAGGGAUUGAUAAUAAGAAUGAGAAUAAUAAUCAAGAGAAACCUAAUUCAUUUGCUAAGACAUUGACGCAGUCUGAUGCAAACAAUGGUGGGGGUUUCUCUGUGCCAAGAUAUUGUGCUGAGACCAUAUUCCCGCGCCUGGAUUACUCGGCUGAGCCGCCGGUCCAGACCAUUUUGGCCAAGGAUGUUCAUGGGGAGGUCUGGAAGUUUAGACAUAUCUAUAGGGGGACGCCAAGGAGGCAUCUUUUGACAACUGGUUGGAGCAAUUUUGUGAACCAAAAGAAGCUUGUUGCAGGGGAUUCAAUUGUGUUCUUGAGGGCGGAAAACGGGGAUCUUUGUGUUGGGAUCCGGAGGGCGAAACGAGGGAUUGGCACAGAGGUGCCAAACUCUGGAUGGAAUGGGAAUUAUGCAUCCUCACUCUAUCAGGGGUUUUUGAGUGAAGAUGAGAAGAAGUUCAUCCGAAAUGAUGGUAUGAGGGGAAAAAGUAAAGUUAGAGCCGAAUCUGUCAUUGAAGCAGCAAAACUUGCUGCCUGUGGCCAGCCAUUUGAGGUGGUUUACUAUCCCCGAGCAAGCACACCGGAGUUUGUGGUCAAGGCCUCUUCUGUAAGAGCUGCAAUGAGAGUCCAAUGGUCGUCUGGGAUGAGGUUCAAAAUGCCUUUUGAGACUGAAGAUUCCUCAAGGAUAAGCUGGUUCAUGGGGACCAUAUCGUCUGUUCAUGUUGAUGAUCCCGUCCACUGGCCUAAUUCUCCAUGGCGCCUUCUCCAGGUACAUUGGGAUGAGCCAGAUUUGCUUCAAAAUGUGAAGAGAGUGAGUCCAUGGUUGGUUGAGUUGGUAUCAAAUAUGCCGCCCAUCCAUCUCUCUCCGUUCUCUCCACCAAGAAAGAAGUUGAGGGUUCCACAACCCCAUGAAUUUCCCAUGGCUGGGCAACUCUCACUUCUCACCAACCCUUUAAGCCCCAGCAGCCCUUUGUGUUGUAUAUCAGACAACAUUCCUGCAGGCAUACAGGGAGCCAGGCAUGCUUUAUCUUCAACGCAUCUCCACUUCAACAAACUGCAGGCAGGACUGCUGCCAUUUGGAUUCAAAGAUUCUGUCCCGCCUCCUAGACGUGGCAGCUUCAUCACCAGUUUUCACGAUGAUGUGAAUAUCUCCUGCCUAUUAACCAUGGGAAAUACGACUACUGUGCAAACACAAACACCAAUGUUCAUGUUAUUUGGUAAACCCAUUCUCACCGAGCAGCAAAUGUCCCUGAGCUGCUCUAGUGAAACAGUUGGCAACAGUUCAUCUAAUGGGAAUCCGGAGAAGAUGAUGCAUCUCUCCGAGGGUUCAGGAUCAACCGUUGUUCAUAAUGAAAAUUCUUCAGGUGAAGUGCUUCCUUGUUAUAAAGAUCAGAAACCUGAAUUUGGUUUGGAGACCGGUCACUGCAAGGUUUUCAUGGAAUCCGAGGAUGUAGGCCGAACACUUGACCUUUCAGUCCUUGGCUCGUACGAAGAGUUGUAUAAAAAUCUAGCUGACAUGUUUGGAGUUGGAACAUCAGAGAUGCUGAGCAAUGUGCUUUACCAAGACUUUACUGGUGCUGUUAAGCACACUGGAGAUGAACCAUUCAGUCGGUUUGUUAAGACAGCAAGGCGGCUUACCAUCUUAACAGAUUCUGGCAGCGAUAACAUACGGAGAUAGAGAUUGCUUGAUCUUGAUCCUUGUUAAAUGUACAGUUGAUUGCUACGCCACAGUAGUAGCUUCAGCCUACUUUUCUUCCUGCUUUUCACUUUCUUUUAGGAGUUGAGGGGGAAAUGUCUCCCCUCCAACCAGUUUUUCUUGCAAAUUGUAGACUGAAGACAGAUUCAGCUUUGUUUAAUCCUGUCAAUCUACCUGGAUUAUUUCUUAUGAUACUAAUUUAUGCCUAUUUGUUGAGGCUUCA